AUGGACAACGAAAUAAUCGACCUCUCGAAUGCAUUGGACUCUGAUGACGAAUAUGACGACGCCGAGUACAAUUCGCGCCGCGCCGUCCUGGAACCCGCCAUCCGCAGCGUUGUCGAUGCGCUUGGCGGCGUCGAAUCCGGCGUAUACCGACUGGGGGACGAGUGCUACGGUUGUCUCAAAGACCUCAAGAAGUUCUGGCGCAAGGACGACACGGACGACGACAGGACAGUAGCGCGUAUCUUGUUCGAAUGUCGCGUCCUGCCCAAUGACCUCGUUCCCAUCCUCCUCGAGACCGCGGGAAAAGGCUUUCUGGAAGACAAACGUGCCAUUGCAGUAGCAGAUUUAUGUUGCGCCAUGACCUGGCCGAUAGACUUGGCAGAGGAGCUGAAGGAGCUCGAUGAGCAGUUGGACAAGGGCGCAGACUACACGCAACUCCUGUUAAGCCACCUCCACUACAAAGCCGCGCUGCUCAAACCGGGCGUGUUCAAAGCCCUUAUUGGGAUUGUAUUCCCCUGCCUAGCUAAGGAUGCGAAGCAGCGCAAGGAACGCGAUGCACAGGUCAUCAACCUCGUCCUCCAUCUCAUCCGAAACCUGGCGUUCAUCAAGGAUCUGCCCGUCAACGCGCAUGCAUCUUCCGAUCUCGCUGAGUAUGCAGGUCUUCAGGCAAAGCUCAUCCGCGCCCUCCAAGAAGCUCACGCGUUUGACUUGCUCCUCACUAUCUCAUCGAAUGCCAAGGAACCACUCUUCAAUCAAUGGAAUACCAUCGUCCUGGAGAUAUUUUACUUGCUGUUCCGAGGCGUCGAUCCCGCGUCGCUUGCUAUGGACCAGACGAAGCAACCUGCGAAAAAUCUCUCGCGCCUACUGCUCAUCGAGGACCAACGAAGACGUGAUUACGCCCGCAAUGCUGCUAGUAGACACUCACGCUUCGGAACUACUAUCUCGGUCAAGCUUAAUCCGAAGAAGGCUGCCCAGGACGCUGCCGCUCCUUCUUCCACCGACCAAGCUUUCGUGUUACAUCGUCAGCAAGCUAUCACGAAGGAAUCGGGCGCGGUUCUCGACAUGGCAGCUGCAAAACGUAAUAAGACGACCAAGGGCAAGAAGAUAGACGAGCUCGCUAGGGAGGAUAACUUGAACCUAGAGGCCCGUGACGUUCUGAAGCAGGUUGCUGAGAACUUCGUCGAGGCGGGGUUUAAUCCCCUCCUGGCGAGCCUACUGAAAGAUAUCAAAGCGGAGCGGCCUAAGAUCUCAGAGAAAGACCAUCUCAGGCUGCUCUAUGUUACCAAAUGGUUCCUGGCCUUCUUUCACGAAGUGCGUUCGGAACGGAGCAAGCGUGGCAGUGACCAAUGGAGCUUCGGAUUGAUCGCUGAAGUCACGGAGCGAGGCUGGAUCGUAUGGGUGCUAAAGCGCAUGCGUGAAGCUGUUGAAGAGAAGCCGAAGGCAUGGAACGAGCUGCAAGCGGGAAUAGAAUGCCUCACACAGCUGUUGCUCCUGAUCGAGAGCAUGCAGUCUGUAUCGGAUACCGAACCGGACGCCGAAGAUACCACCGAAACGGCGAAUGUUUUACAGCAACAGAUCAUAUACAACGGCGAGGUCCUCGAUAUAGCGUUCGAGAGCCUGCGAAGCUACAAAGAGGGUACACAGUCUCUAAAGUACUUGGAUUCGAGCGUAGCUUUAGGAUAUAUUCUGCUCAGGCUGCUGGAGAAGUGGGGAAAGAGAGGUACACAUGAGAUGUACGUAAGGAAGAAGGCAAAGGCCCGAGGAAAGAAGAAGGCCGCGGGUACGUCCGAGGGAGAAGGAGUACCUGACGUGGAAGAUAUCGAGCCCGAUAGUGCCGACGAAGAGAUCAUCCGCGAAACCAUGUUCACGUUCGAAACGUUUGAAGCUCGAUUUGCGCAUGCCGAGGUGAAUAAUACGCUUCUAACGUAUUUGGCUCGGUACAAGGAGUUUCAAUCGGCCGAGAGCAUGAAGCGUGUGGUCAGCCUGUUGCAUCGUCAGGCGGUCCGGACCAAAGCCGAAGGACUCUUCUUCAAGGUCUCAACGCUAGACCUGUUCAAAUCCAUACUUGCCAACCAGAAGUCACUCCCGAAAGAACAGUCGUACAAAGACUUGUUAAGUCUGAUCAAUUACGUACUACGCAAGUUCUUCAAGGCGGUGGAAGAAGAACCUUUCUUGGUAAUCGAGGCAUGGUUCCCCAAGAAUCGGGGUCAAUGGAAGCAAUUCUCUAGCUGGGAACCCGAGAAGAAGGAGAAGCGGUACAACACGGCGGCAGACGCGCGACUCCCACCUGACGUGCAGGUCAAGAGAGGGUACACAUGGAGCGAACAAAUGGGAAUCGCCAUUAAGGCCCUAAUCGAGGAUGGUAAGGAAGGACUGAUCGACUGGGUCAAGAGCAUUCUAACCCUCACCAUCGGUCAACGGCAACGAGUUGUUGAGGAUACGGACGGAUCUUCGUCGAGGGAUGCAGAACACGGGGACGAUCUCAUGGACGGACCUGACGAAGAAGAGAGGGUCGGCCGAACAGGUCCAUCGGAACAAGCCAUUGCGAAAUUCACAGAUUACCUGAUCCCUUAUGUCAAUGAUGAACAAGCCGCAGCGGCAACCAAGAACCCGCAGCUAAAGCUCGUCUUCCGACUCCUCGGCUUUACAGUUGUAAAUGAGGAUGCUGACGAGGUGGAAUGGCAAGUACCCGCAACUGUUCUACCUGCGGCACUGCAGCGCUCCCUCUCUGUGAUCUGUCAGUUCUUGGAGAACCCGAUAGAUCUGGAAGGAAAGAAAGCGGCCGAUAUGCUUACAAGAAAGACCAGGAGGCGCAGAAGGGCGCGAUCAACAUCUUCCGACCAGAACGAAGAUGACACGCAGAGAGCGACGCGCAGGGAGAAGAAGCAUAAGGAGGAGGUGAAAUACAAAUCGGCAGCCUUCAUAGAGGACAGUGACGACGAGUACGGCGACUGGGACACCUUCCUGGAAAAAGAGGCCGCUCUGCGGGCGAAGACCGCCGCAGCAUCUGCUGGAGGCGGUAGUGGCACGAUGAAAGCGACGGGCACGAAAAAGCGACGCAAAGUGGCCGUCGAGUCUGAAUCGCGGGGUGGCGGUAAGAAACGGACCAGGGAACGGGAACCCGCUGCAACGAACGAGUUGGACCUAGAGCUACCUUCUGACGGGGAUGAGGCCGCGCCCGUCUCUGAAGAGGUCGAGUCUACUCCACCAUCGAAAGAGCCCGAAGUUCGGGCUCGACCCAAACCUCGACCUAUAAAGCGCACGUCGCAUUCAUCGCCGCCUUCUCCUAGCACUGGUAUUCCAGCCUCUAAGUCGUCACCUACGACCCCAGAUCAAGCGGAAGAUGACGAGUUAUUCCUGGGAGCGCCGAAGAAGAAGAGCCGCGUGGUUUUGUCAGACGACGAAGAGUGA